AUGGCGUCCGUUUUGAGUGUACUCGUUUUACUUCUGCUGUGGCUCGGCACGCAGCUGCCGUGCAAGGCCAGCCAGUGCUACGCGGAAGCGGACGGGAAUUCCACCUCGGUCCCCGGCCCGCUCCUCCUGCGGCAGUACCUGCUUGCCUGGGUCAAAUGGGUGAUGGAGAGUGUACCGGAGGACUGGUGGCCAGGGUCUGAGCUGUCCUUGUGGCUGACGCUGACCGGCAUGGCUGUACGGACAGUCCUGGAGGUGCUCAUUUACCUGGCCUCUAACUGGGAGACGGUCCGCUCCAUCAGGAAUAUGCUCCAGACCAUCACCCAGAAGCUGGCCACUAUUGGAAGGGUUUUCUUCUGGGUCACUGGGGGCGUGAACGCCCUCUACUGGUGGGUCAGAGGACAUCCUCGUCCGAGUAGUGGGACAAUUCCACAAGAUGUAAAGGUCGUGCUGGAAGAGAAAAUCAGAACUCUGGAACUCCAGGUGGAAACCCUGCAGAGGACGCUAGCCGCUAAGGAACAGGAGCUGACAAAUUCACAACCGAAUGCGCCUCUCUCGAAGAAGGAGGGAAGUGGCAGACGGAGAAGACGAAAGAAGGGCAAAAACAGAAGGAGCGGUUAAAUGGUAACAGUUCACAAGCGCUGCAGCAGUGAGUAUGGAGUACAGUGACAUCCCGGGGGAUUAUGGGAUUGCUGACGUGGUGUAGCAGUGAGAAUUGAGUACAGUGAUGUCUCAGGGGGAUUGUGGGAUUGCUGACGCAGUGUAGCAGUGAGUAUGGAGUACAGUGAAGUCUCAGGGGGAUUGUGGGAUUGCUGACGCAGUGCAGCAGUGAGUAUGGAGUACAGUGACGUCACAGGGGGAUUGUGGGAUUGCUGACCCAUGAGUAUGGAGUACAGUGACGUCUCAGGGGGAUUGUGGGAUUGCUUAACGCGGCAGUCGCGUGCUCUCCACCUCCUGCGUUAGCGCGCUCGUGGCCUGUAGGCGCGUCGCGUGGAGAUAUGACCCUCGACCCCACAGGUUCCAGUGCGGCCGUGUGGAGCCGCAGGAUCGGCUGCGCGUGGACCAGAGGCACGGCUGGUGACUCCAUGCUGGGUUUGAGGAGAGCAGAGGGCGGUUCUAGGGUCCUAGGGUUCUAAGGUUCUCAUGCCCAGGUUUCUGUCAGGACACAGACGGGGUGGGUCCAGGAGCCAGAGCUGUUCUUUAACUUCUGAUUUCUUAUGCUGCUGCUUUUAUUUCCAAAUAUUAUUUUUAAAUGUAGUUCAGCUUCUCUAGCCUACCGUUAGGACCCAUAUUUGCUCUUGAAGUGAAACUUUUGCUGCCAUUUUAGGAGCAGAGAGGGAAUUUUCCACAGUUUUGUCUUCCUGCCACGUGGAGCAAUUCGGCAAUGCAAUCUGGCUAUUUGGCGUUCUGCAGACAGGAAGUCUCUUUCUUUGUGGUUUUUCGCCCUCUCAAGAGCAAAUCCUUCACCGGGGGAAUAACUGGGUGCAAACUUCUCUAAAUCUAACAUGUCCUUCACUGCACACAAAAUCUGUCUGGGCCAAUUACAUUACAAAUAUACACUAAAAUAAAUGUACAUAUUU